UCCGAAACUAGGGCGCGUUUAUACACACGGACUCGAGUAUAUCGACGGUGACCGCAGUGAAGAAGCAAAGAAUAUCGGUGUGAUGUUUGUAGAUGGUUCUUCGCCACUGACCUUGAAGCGAAGACGGCUCUCAAUCAUCGAUCCCAUGGAAGCUGUUUCAGUUCAGGCUAAAGCUGCUGCUACGAGAGAAAAAUUCGGGAGAGAACUUCGCGUUUUUGAGACUCCAAGCGCUUCUCAAACGCCAAUUCAAGCUUCCAUUGCUGAAGAGGAGUCUGAUGAAUUCUACGAGCUUACACCUGAAGAUUAUUACCGGCUUUUGGCCACUAAGAAAGAUGAUAAAUUCUUGAAGACCAGAAAACUACGAGAAGCAGAAGAGGCUGCUCGUCGAUCUAAACUGACAAAGGCUGUAAUCCGGGUUCGUUUUCCUGAUAAUAUCACAUUGGAGGUGAAGUUUCAUCCAGCAGAAACAAUUCAAUGCUUGAUUGAUCUCCUCAAAAGAGUUGUCGCUCAUCCAGAUAUUCCUUUCUACUUGUAUACGACUCCUCCCAAGAAACAGAUAAAAGAUUUCUUGCAGGACUUCUACUCUGCUGGUUUCAUUCCUGGAGCAAUUGUCUACUUUGCAUACGAUCUGUCAAGAGAUAAUUCUGCUGCUGCAGCUGCUGGUUCAAGCCCUUAUCUUCAUGAAGAGAUUCUGUCCAUUAAAGACGUGGAGGUUGUUGAGCCUGAGCCGGAAGGACCAGCCCAGCCACCACAUGAGCCAGCUACUGAUGUCUCUAGUCCUGCACCAGUGGUCCAAGAACCCAAACCCGCGGACAAGAAGCCCACCAAACCAAAGUGGUUCAAAAUGUGAUUUGACAUGGUACUGGUUCCAGAAGCUGUGGAGGACUCAGGUUUGUGUGAUGACUCGGACACGACCCGGCAGACACAAAGUAUACUUUUGCUUGGCUUGAAACUGAUUUGUGUCCCUUGUCUGAGUCAUACAACUCUUUUCUAUAAAUUAAAUAUGUGUCUUUCUAGGAAGACCGGAGUCGGAGUUGGGACAUUUCAGUGCUUAUUAUCAUUGGUGGAGGUAACGGGUCUGAAACUUAAAGAUGUCCAGCUCUAUAUUGAAAACUAUACUCGUAGCUUUUGUGGGUGUAAAUGUAGGAUGAGCCCAAGUUGAUUUAUAACCCAUGGUCGGUCCAUUAUUCCAUA